ACCCAAUCACAACGACCCGUCGAAUCUGGUGAAAAACUAGAAAUACCUUUUUUCUUCUCUUCCUUCUUUCCAAUUUUUGGGCAAGAUAGGAUGACAAUGAUGUCGUUGCCCAUCGGCUUUUGCUCCCAAUUUUAAACAACGAAACCCGCUCUUCAGUUCGCUCCCAUGCUCCCGUUCGGUCUCCACACCAAAACAACACCGAAGACCUCCUUUUAUCUUCGUCGUCGUCAUCAACAGUAGUAGACACCAGCAGAGCUUCGUUAGCCACCAUCCACCACCCACAUCCAGGUUCUCUUAUCUAUUUCCUCAUCGCCUUGCUUUUCUUUUCUUUUCUUUUCUUUUUCUGCCCCCCUUUUUUAAUCCUGUUUUCCAGAUUUCGUUUCGGAUUUCUGUAUAAAGUUGAGCUUGCUGGCCUCAAGUUCUGUUGAAACAAGGAACUUUACUUUUGCAAUAAUGGAAGGCAAUACACAGGUGAAGGGAGACAAACUCAUACUGAGGGGAUUAAUAUUCCAUGGUUUUCAUGGGGUUAAAGAAGAAGAAAGGAAGCUGGGUCAGAAAUUUUUGGUGGAUGUGGAUGCUUGGAUGGAUCUCAGAGCAGCGGGUAAAUCUGAUAAUUUGUCAGAUACAGUUAGUUACACAGAUAUUUAUCGUAUAGCAAAAGAAGUUAUUGAAGGGCCACCUCGCAAUCUUUUGGAAUCAGCAGCUGAGCAAAUUGCAACCAUUACUCUGACAAAGAUACCUCAGAUAUCUGCUGUUUGUGUGAAAGUUGGGAAGCCCCAUGUGGCAGUUCAGGGUCCUGUUGAUUACUUAGGUGUUGAGAUCCUUAGAAGUAGAAGCGAUAUGCUAAACUAAGACGUCAAAUACUCUCUGAGGUUCUGUAUCUUUGGGUCUUCUGCUUGAUGCAACACUUUAUUUUCAACUCUUGUCCGUCUUCUCUCAUUUCAUUUUACCUCGUUGCUAUAAUCAUGUGACCCAAGUUUGAACUGCUAAUAUUUUCCCUUACCUUAAUAAUGUAUGGCCUUGAAGGCUUUGUCAACUGCA